GCGCACUAUGCACGGUGUCCGCUAACAAGCACUAACGUCUUGAAAUCAAGACUAGCUGGAUGCUUGGGUACAAACUCGGGCAAGCCGAUGUGGCACUACACGACGCAAUGGAUAUCGCACAUUGUACGUACGUCGAGCAUUGAAUACGGAUGGAGUGAUCGGACAGCUAGACACGCAUGCAGCGCAUUCACUGCAAUGGCUGUUAGAAGUGUGCUGCCCUCUCACAUGAAAUCUUUCGCAGCACCGCAAACCAGCUCAGCUGUGUGCUUCCACUGUGGGGGAUUUGUCACAACGACCAAGAAGAAGAAUUCCCCCGAGUGCCAGACCAAUCUCCCAACUCUCAAACCAGCGACCCAACUUCACACGGGGCAGCUAUGCUGCACCGACAGCUCCGCUGAUGAUGUGAGGGGUGGUCCCCCAUGGAGGGUGAUGUUCUUUGGCUCAGACAACUUUUCCAUUUCCAGUCUGAAGGCAUUGCAUAGAAACAGGGAGGAAGGAAAACUCAUAGAUAUCUUGCACAUAGUUUGCCCUGAAACAAAGUAUAUCAAGAGGAGGGGCAGGACACGGGUGAUCUCACCAAUAUGGCAGUAUUGCCAUGACAACGGCUUGACAACCAUCCCAUGGCCCAUCAGGGGAGAGGUCAGAGGUUACGAUGUCGGUGUCUUGUCAUCCUUCGGUCAUCUGGUACCCGGCAGCCUUAUAGACAGUUUCCCAUAUGGAAUCGCCAACAUUCAUCCCAGCCUCUUGCCGCGAUGGAGGGGGGCGUCCCCUAUCAACCAUGCCAUCCUGGAAGGGGACAACACGACGGGUGUUUCCAUCAUGAGAAUCAUGGCCAAGAGGUUUGAUGUUGGCCCCAUCCUCCUCCAAGAAAGCGUGGAGAUUCCCGAGAGAAGCACAACAGAAUCCUUGCAAGAAAUCUUGGCCAGUAAAGGAGCAGAUAUGAUCCUGCAGGUUCUUGCUGACUUGCCGACAUUCAUAGCCAAGAGUAGAAAGCAGACCGACGAGGGGGUUACGUUGUGUGGUAAGAUCGUCGCCAGCAUGUCCCUUAUUAAUUGGAACAAAAGUUGUUCAGAGAUUGACAGGUUACAUCGAGCCAUCGGCCACCAGUUUCCACUUGAAACCAGCUGGCGAGGUAGCCAGAUAAGGCUUAGCCAAAUGGCCGAUCCCAAGGACACAGCAGCGUGGGAUAUCGAUGUCAUCGAUCCAGCAUUAGGUGAAGUGUGUUACAACAAGGCAAACCAACAGAUCUGUGUACGGUGCAAGGAUGGCUGGGUGAGCUUUAGAGAAGUGACCUUGAAGAAAAAGAUGACAGCGCAAGACUUCUAUAAUGGUUACAUGUCAGGACAGGAUAGAGGCAGGCAGUAUUUUGUGUAACACUCCUCGUUGAAGCAGUGCAUUUCUAAUGACUCCUGUUAUGGAGGGGCAAGAAUACAGAGGGGAUAAUAUUUCAUAUAACACCAUGCCAGCGCAUGCCACCAGAUGUAGAGUACCAUAAGGUAACCUUAACUCAGAGCUUGUAUUGAUGGCUGUAACACAUAGAACGUGCAGCAUUAUACGUAAUUCUGAAGUAGGAAGAAACUUUUGUUGAGAUAUGCUGGAGUAAAAAGUCAGUUUAUUGCACUACGUAAUACACCCCAACACUUUUGGUCAUGGUUGUAUAUCUAUCAUGUCGUAAAGAGGCUGAUGUGAAUGAUCUUGUACCAUGUCCAUACUGACAAAGAAAAUGUCACAGAGCUACUUCUUCCCUUUGAAACUAACUUGUACAUUUUUCCCUUGAAUUGAAACCAAUGCCAAUAAAAGUUUGCUUGUGGUUGAAUUUAGA